AUGAUAGUGAAAUGGAAUAUUGAUAUGUAAAUAAGAAUUUAGAAGAAGAACAUUGUAGGAGGAUGGGAUAAUAUUUGGAAAUUUUUGAAGGAUUUGAUAAAGUAAAAUAUUAUGAAACAUAAUAAUAGAAAUGAAAUUGCUAAAUAAUUUAAGAAUCUAGGAAAGAAUAUAAGAAAUAUUUAUUGA